GCAAGCCCACAUCUCCUGCAUACAACAGCCGAUUUGUUGUUGAUCAAGUGUGAAAGUAAGGACUUCGUAUUUGGGAGAAAGGGGAGGAAAGUUGAGAGUUGAUAGACUCGCAUGACGUCGCCGUCCAAAAGGGGGGCUGCCAGGCGUACUUGAGGCUCACUGCAACGAGGCUUGUUAAAAACGGGAAAAAUAGAGAAAUUGAGAAUGAGAAGGCUUGUUAGUUAACGUGAGAGAAGGGAGGGGGUGAGGAAGAGAGAGAGAAAGAGAGGGAAAGGGAGAGAGAGAGAUAGAGAGAGAGAGGGAGAGCGUGUGUGUGCAUGGGUUUGGACAGGGGUUGUGGUUACCCAGCAUAAGCUUGCCUUUCCCUUCUGUGACUACACCCCGAGAGGAGGAGCGUGCUGCGCAGCGUAGUAGGCGUCAGGAUCCUCAAUUUCCAACUUAGCAUCUUGGCAGGACGUUUUCCCAAGCAAAGCCCCCCGUCCGACGGGAAAAAAAAUAAAACUUCUGCACAGGCAUGAGAGCGACGGUGCAACUCAGAUAAAGGAGCAGCAGACUGUGAACUCUUCCGACGGACAGAGGCUGGCUGGGUGGCUGGCUGGCAGCGACCAAAAAUAAUCCGCUUCUUUUUUUUUUUAUUUCGGCAGUUCACUUUUUGAUUUCUGCCUUGUCAUUUGCAAGAAGAGGACUGACAUCGGGGUCUGCAUACACGUAGCUCAUAUGCGCUCCGGCAGCAGCGCAUGAGAAGACACACACAAAAAAAGCGGGGGAAAGUGCGCAAGUUUAAGUGGCUUCACACUCUCGGGGCUCCAGCAUGGCGUAUCCUCAGGGCUACUUGUACCAGCCGUCCGCCUCUUUAGCCCUGUACUCUUGCCCCGCGUACAGCACCAGCGUCAUAUCGGGACCCAGAACCGAGGAGCUUGGGAGGUCCUCUUCGGGAUCCGCGUUUGCGCCCUAUGCCGGAUCUACCGCGUUCACCAGCGCCUCUCCGGGCUACAACUCCCACUUACCUUACAGCGCGGACGCGGCUGCGGCUGCCACUUUCACCUCAUACGUGAGUUCUCCCUACGAUCACACAACGGGAAUGGCUGGUUCUAUUGGAUACCACCCUUAUGCGGCGCCCCUGGGCACCUACCCUUACGGUGACCCCGCAUACCGCAAGAACGCAACGCGGGACGCCACCGCCACCCUGAAGGCUUGGCUCAACGAGCACCGAAAGAACCCAUAUCCAACUAAAGGGGAGAAGAUCAUGCUGGCCAUCAUCACCAAAAUGACCCUCACACAGGUGUCCACCUGGUUCGCUAACGCCAGGAGGAGGCUAAAGAAGGAGAACAAGAUGACCUGGACCCCUCGAAACCGGAGCGAGGACGAGGAGGAGGACGAGAACAUCGACUUGGAGAAAAAUGACGACGACGAGCCAAACAAGCCUCUUGACAAGGGGGACUCCACAGACACGGAGGCAGAUCACAAACUACUGAACCCAGGGGACAUUGGCUGUGACAGAUUUAAAGAAGAGAGCCAUGGUAAAGAGACGGAUCCCCUCCUGAGCGACUCGGAGUUAAAAGAGCAGGAGGAGCGGACUACGGAGCUGCUGCCGGAUUCCGCCAAGCCGACCACCUCGUCUCCACCAGCGGUGCCCCGAGGGAACCAGGCCGGCGCGACGCAAGACAAACCGUCCGAUUUGAGCCACCCGCAGAAUACGGUGACCAGCAACGUGACCUCUGUUAUUCACUCGCCCCCUUCAGCCCCUAAACCCAAACUUUGGUCUUUGGCGGAGAUCGCUACGUCUUCAGACAGGUGUAAGGGAAGCGGUGAGACGCAGCAGGCGUGCCCCGGCUUGGGUCAGAGCGCAGUGCUGGGCACCAACGCCUCUCCGUCUCGGUCCUCCCCCCAGUGCCCGCUCCCCAACAGCACGGUCCUAUCCAGGCCUCUGUACUACACCUCCCCUUUCUAUCCCGGCUACACGAACUAUGGUGGCAGCUUUGGACCCCUUCACAGUAACCACGGCUCGGUGACCACGGGCUCCACGGCACAUUUCAAUGGAUUAAACCAGACUGUGUUAAAUAGAGCAGAGGCCUUGGUAAGGGAGAGCCAGAAAGUCAGAGGCCAAACGCAGGUAGAUCUUUGUAAAGACUCCCCUUAUGAACUGAAGAAAGGUAUGUCAAAUAUUUAAUACCUGAAUAUUUUCCACUUCACCACGGACUUCUAUUUAUUUUAUUUUAUUUUUUUUUUGUGGUUGCAUUAAAAAAAAAGAAAGAAAAAAAAGAAAAAAACAACAAGAAGAACGCUGAAGCAAAUUCUGAGAAUAUGGUUAUUUUCUGAGUAAAUGCUUAUCUUCAAAAGAAUUUUUAGUUUCUGAAUGGUUAAUCCUAAAAAAUAUGUAACAAAAAUGGUCUUAAUUGCUGCAGCCGCCUAUUUGUAUGAAAGACUAACAUGUAUAUUUAAUGUAGCUUUUUGUAUUUAAAAUGGACAACACGCUAUCUUUGAAGUAAAUUAUGGAGAAAAAAACCUACACACUUGUGCAGAGGUUAUUUGGUGGAACGGCUGAUGUUGCUUGGUUUGUUUACUUGCAUUUUGCACGAUGACAGAUUGUUUAAAGAUCAUUAGUCUCACAUCACACAGGCAGUUCUGGGGAGUUUUGUCUUUAUGAUUUUAAUUUUAUUAGGUCAAAUUCUACUCAAUCCUUCAGUUAUUUUCAAUUCCCUUUUUUUUUCUUGUGCGCGUUUCUAAAAGUGGAUGUUGACAUAAUAACAGCAGCAAAGCGCAGCCAUUUAACCCAAUUACCUUUUCGUGUUCUACCCAGAGCAAUCAGGUGCUGAACUCCGGUAAUGAGCAGGAUUUUAUGCCAAAUUUAGACCUCAUUACUAUUUUCUAAGGCGUGGCAAAGCUGUUUAAAAGGGACGCGACCAUGCAUUUAAAACAUACUGGCCCAUUAUAUAUCAUUAAUCGAGUCUCUUUUUUUUCUUUUUUCUUUUUUUAAAUUGCGCGUUGGAUGUGAAACUCUGCAGAACGUUGCCAUGCAGGCAGCAGACACAGAAACAUAUUAUGAGUGUGUGCAAGCCAGCGCUCUCUCUAUAACUCUUCCAACUUCUGCAGGUAGGUGUCACACUUGCUCCUACAAUUUCAGGGAGGGGUGGGGUGUGGGAGUCUGGUAAUCCGUAAUGGAAACCCAUCCGCGAUCGAAUUGCUUGGUAAGAGUUAUUAUAAUAAAAAAUGUGAUAAUAAGAUGUAUAUACAAGUAAGAAGAAGAAGAAAACAAAAACAACUGAAGCCACAACAAUAAUCAGUUAAUAUGACGGGGGAUUAAAACUGGUGUAACUGCAGAGCAACAAAGAGGAAAUCAGACUAAAUUAAUGAUUAAAUUUUAUUUAUUAUUUUUAAGCUUGUUCUUAUUGAAUAUAGAGGUAAAAAAUAAUACAAAUAUUAUUAUGAAACAUUAUGAUUAGAUGUGUUCUAGGCCUCAAAGCCAAAAGGCCUUAUUUUCUUUCUUUUUAAUUUUUUUUUGUUUUUUUUGCUGUCAGUUCUUUUUAUUCGUUUUUUUUAAAUUUAUUACCUCUUUUUAAAGGGCAUUGAAAAGGUAUAAUUAUUAUUAUUGAUGUCGUUAUUGUUGACCUCCACUGCUGUGGGAUGGCAUGCUCUUGUUUAUGGCCGCCAUUAAUCUCUAUAGUUUGCUUUUUCCCCCACUUCUCCGGCGUGAAAUCUCCCCUGAGGUUUCAAUAAUUCCCUUAGCCUUAAUGUCCUCUGUUCGGCUCCUCUAUUUUAAUCUGACAGAGUGUGCAAGAGCAGUGAUUGCGACACAUCAGCCGGCUAAAUAGCGUAAUUAUGUUUUUUUUUUUUUUGUUUU